AUGGUGUUUCCAUCUUCUGAGGUCGUACUGUCACCAUUUGAUCUUGGUACGGAACGAUAUAGGUUUCCAAUUGAUGCGGGGGUUUACGUCUCUGAGCCAGUCUUUUCCUAGUACGGCGUCGAACUUUAGCAAUGGGAAUAUCUUGAAUACGCGGCUAUGUUGAUACCUUCCUAACUUGAACGUCAUGUUCGGUAAUGUCGAGAAUUUUACCAUUUGCCACUGAUACUUUUUCAGGAGUCUAAUCGUUCUGGAGUAAUCUUGCGUGUUUCAAUGAACUUGGUGCUAACAAAACAUCCAGUGGCUCCACUAUCUAGAAGGAUAUGGGCCAUUUUGCCGUUGAUUGGUCCUUCGAAUAUCGUAAGGUCUGCCUUGGUGGAUAACGACCAGAUUCGCUCUAUAGGAGUUUCUGAGACACUGUCCAUAACUCUUAUGGUUUCUUUCGUAUUCAGAGUGAGCCCUUCUAUAGUUCUUCCCACUUUAACCGGUUCUAUGUACGAAGAAAUGUCCGCUUUAUUGUCAUAUUCUUUUUCUUCUCCCUUCUCUUCUUGUUCUAACAAGGCUAACAUGCUCAAUAGUUGUUGUCGAUUCAGAGGUUUGUUCGGGCUUCUGCUUGGCUGUCUGGACUUAGUAGGGCAAAAAACGGGCGAUGUGACCUGGCUUUUGGCAGCUAUAGCAUAUUCGGUUGUCAGGGCAAUCCAUCAUAUCCAAUUCCAUGGGGUCGUCAACGGUUGCUCUGUUAUUACGGAAGGAGUUAUCACUGUUCUUGUUUUGGUGCCAACGUGGUCGUCCUCGGAAGUUACUUUCACUUUCGAUCCUCUGAUACCUGGCGCGAUCGUAUCGUUCGGCAAUCUGGAUGGCCUUAUCCAGUUCAUCUGGUUCAGCUUCUUCUACUUUUCAUCCUGGUAUUCAUUUUGAGUCCACGAACGAAUUUGUCAACCAGCAACUCGGGGUCUGUUCCUUGAAGUUCCAAAGCAAUUUUUAGGAAUUCAUCGGCAUAUGCGGCGACGGACGUCUUUUGACGGAUCGUGGCUAGUCUAUCCAAGGCUAACUUCCGCGCAUUGGUGGGACGGAACUGAGCGGUGAUAGCUUCCUUGAACGCAUCCCACUCGGUGUUAGUGGUAUUGACUACUACUUCGCUCCUGCUGCCUACAAACAAUCACCACCAGGUAGCGGCUUCUUUUGUUAGUAAGGUUACGGCCAACUUGAUGGUAUCCGACUCGUUCAAGUCUUCGGCGUCUUGAUAUCGUUCGAUAGCGAAUAGCCAGUUGUCUAGUAC